CAGGUAGCUGCACGAGAGUCCUUUGUAGAGAGAGAGUUUAAGAGUUUUUCAGCUAACUUAUCAAAGGUUUCUUUUUUUACUUUGUGUCGUUUGACAAAGCUAAAUCGUUAAGUUUUUGUUCAAGUCGUUAAACCGGAUUUUUUUUCGCAAUGCCACUGCCCAGCACAGUUUCUAUGAGAAAGGGCUCCACUGUUCAGAAGGUAACUUUACCUGGUGCCAAGUCAACUAAAGCUUCAAGUAAGAAAAAGGAUGAGGAAGAGGGUGUGGAUACGGCUGAUGGAUGGGAGGAGUGGUCUCAUGGGAAAGCACUUAUUAAACCUCCAGAUCAACUGGAGCUCACUGAGGCUGAGCUGAAAGAGGAAAUAACAAGGAUCCUGACUGCAAACAACCCACACGCCCCUCAAAAUAUUGUCCGCUACAGCUUCAAGGAACGUUCCUACAAGCCUACAAGUGUUGUGGAUCAGAUGGCCGUUCACUUUGUGUUGGAGGGCAGCCUCCUGCAUCAAGACUCUGAUGAGGCUCGUAGACUGAGGGCCAAAGAGGGUCUCUCUGAGGAGACUACAACUGUCGAUACUGGAGCAGAGCCUAAUGAGGAAAAACCAGAAACCCCGGCAACACCUGUAGAGGAUGGAGGGGAAGUGGAGGAAGCUGGAGAAGAGGACAGACCAGACAGUGUUGUCUCCAAAACUGACAGGAAGGAGCCAAAAGCUACAAACCAGUUCAACUUCAGUGAAAGGGCCUCCCAGACCCUCAAUAAUCCACUGAGGGAAAGAAGCUGCCAGACCGAACCUCCUCCACGCAGCGUCUUCUCUGCCACCGCUAAUCAGUGGGAAAUCUAUGAUGCGUAUGUGGAGGAGCUGCAGAAACAAGAAAAAAAUAAGGAGAAGCAGAAAGCUGUGGCGUCAAAGAAAGAGAAUGACAAAAGCAAGAAGAAGAUGAUGCUGACGGAGACCCAGAAUGACGACAUCACCAAAGUGGGAAAGGCGUCCAAGAUCUUUGAGCGAAUGGUCAAUCAGAAUACUUUUGAUGACAUAGCACAAGAUUUCAAAUACUUUGAGGAUGCUUCUGAUGAGUUCAGGGACCAGGAGGGCACCCUCCUCCCUUUGUGGAAGUUUCAAUAUGACAAAGCCAAACGACUGUCUGUCACUGCCCUCUGCUGGAAUAAGAAAUAUCAGGACCUGUUUGCUGUGGGAAUGGGAUCAUACGACUUCAGUAAGCAGGGGCGUGGCAUGCUCGUCUACUACUCGCUGAAGAACUCUGCCUUCCCAGAGUACAUCUACCCCACCGAUUCUGGCGUCAUGUGCCUCGACAUCCAUGAGCAGCAUUCCUACCUGGUAGCGGUAGGCUUCUAUGAUGGCUGUGUGGCUGUCUACAACUUGAAGGAGGAGGGACUGGAGCCUGUGUAUAAAAGUACAGCUAAAACCGGCAAGCACACGGACCCCGUCUGGCAGGUGCGCUGGCAGAAGGAUGACAUGGACAAUAACCACAAUUUCUAUUCUGUAUCAUCUGAUGGCCGAGUUGUGUCCUGGACACUCAUCAAGAAUGAGCUGGUCUUUACAGACAUUAUCAGACUGUCACUAAAUGGGGCCAUCUCUGAGGGGCCAGAAGGUGCACAGCAGCUUGGCACUGCCUGCGGUACAUCGUUUGACUUCCACAAACAGAUCGACUUUCUCUUCCUAGUUGGCACAGAGGAGGGGAAAAUACACAAGUGCUCCAAGACAUACUCAAGCCAGUUCCUGGAGACCUACAGUGCCCACAGCAUGGCAGUGGAUGCAGUAAAGUGGAACCACUUCCACCCAAAGGUUUUUAUCUCCUGCAGUUCAGACUGGACUGUCAAGAUCUGGGACCAUACCAUCAACACUCCCAUGUUCACCUUCGAUCUGAAUGCAGCUGUUGGUGAUGUUGCGUGGUCUCCAUACUCCUCCACUGUAUUCGCUGCUGUCACAACAGAUGGAACAGUUCAUGUCUUUGACCUCAGCAUCAACAAAUAUGAGGCUAUCUGCCAGCAGCCAGUGGUGGCCAAAAAGAAGACCAGGCUGACUCACAUUGAGUUUAAUCCCAUCUAUCCUAUCAUCGUAGUGGGUGACGACCGAGGCUAUGUCAGCAGCCUCAAACUCUCCCCUAACCUCCGUAAAAAACCCAAGGGCAAGAAGGGUCAAGAGCUGCCUAAGGGUCCAGAAGUGGAAGUAGCCAAGAUGGAGAAGCUCCUCAGUCUGCUGAGGGAACCAGAGCAAAGCGCAGUUUAAUGUUGGCUUGCCAACACAGCAACAUGGUACAAUCUUUUAUUCUCAUUCAUAAAAAAAGGAAGGAAAAAAAAAACAUUCGCUCAGUGUGUGCAACAGUAAACAGCAUCAACAAGACAACAGUUUGUAUGUUUCUUCUGAUCUUGUUUAAGCUGUUAAUAAAUUAUUCAUAUUCAAUUAAUAAUGCAUUUAUUUAUACUGCGGUACUUGAUACAUAUUAAACAGGCAACAUUAGAAUUCCAUUGACUUGACUGACCUCUUCUGCAGGGAUUUAUUAAACCAAUUCCAUGUAUUGUACAAGUUGAUUAAGCUAAAAAGUGAAGGGGGAGAGUUACUGCAAGUGAACAGGGAGAUAAAUUAGCGUAAUAGAUUGAGCAUUUCUGGACUUUAUCCAGACAACUUAUCUUGGCUGGCACCCAUCGUCCUGGGCAUCCAUCCAGGGAUGAGCUAGAAGCCUUUUAAUAUCCCAUCUAUGGGGAGAACUUUGCUUUGACUCAUGGCGGCGUCCGUUUUUAUUUUGUCUGUUUCUCCGUCCCUCUCCGUCUUAAUGAUCUUGUCCUUCAGUGAAGUACCACCCAGUGCUUUGAUGCUCAACUGGAAUCAAAUGUUGCCACAGUGCUCGCUCUCUUUCCCUCUCCCUGCUACAGAGAGCAUCUCUGCCCUUCACAUCUUCCUGCAAACACAUGCAGCACUCUCUCCCUAAAGUGUGAUUCAUUACUUCAUCUCCACAAGUUCAGUUAGAGAGGGACGCCCAGUCACCUCAUUUCUACAGACAAUGCGUAACAAAUGAUUGUGGCCAUGGGUAGUAAUGAGAAUACAGCUGCAAGAGUUACCUCAUUACUGCGGUAAUAGGAAGCAUACUGCGGCUUUGUAUGAUUUGUUUAUGUUGCAUUGUUGUAGAUUGUUGUGGCUGCCAGUAUCACGUUUGGGCGGGGUGGAGGAGUAUUCUAGUGGGUAGAAAAAGCAAAUCAGAGGUCAGUUUCAGGGCAAUAACUGCAGUGUUUGUAGAGUAAAAUGCCACCUUUGUGUACUUUUACUCUCAUGUGUCAUCAAUAUGUAAUAUUCAGUGAGCUUCAGGAGCUACUUGAUGAUGUGUUGUAAGUUGCUUCUGUCUGUAUCCACUGUCUCUUGUAUUGUGAACAUUAACUUCAGUUAUUUUACUAAAAAGACUUAACAGAGGGGGAACUUCUUUCUUUUGUGGUUUACUCUUAAGAGACAGACAGAGAGAUGCCUUUUACUCAUGAUAUGUUUCAUGUCUGCAUUGCAUUCUGGUCUACUGAGGCUAUUGUCAGUGGAGGAAUCAGUGUGUCUGUAUCUUUUACUUAACAUUGGCAAAGGUUUCAGGAUAGUUUCUUCAGAGAUGCUAUGUGUUGUAUAGAAUAUUUAUGUGAUUACAGCAUAUUCUAAAUUAUUCUGAUUGCUAAAGGUUUUUGUUUUUUUUGUAGAAAAACAAGCUCAUCCCAGCAUAAAGUGUAUGUAUUGCUUUCAGCCUGUUCCUCUCAGGCUACAUCCACAUUAACACAUUUUCAUUGUAAAACGCUGCGUUGUAAAAUGCUACCUUUAUACCCAGCGUACACACUAGUCUGGCAUUUUGGAACCACUUAAACUGGAACUUUUGAAAUCGCUGUGCUGCCCCCAUUUUAGUUUGAAAACUCUCAGGGUUGGGUUUUGCAAACAAUGACACAUAUACCCAUAUUUGCUGUCAGUCAUGACGCGCCAAGCCAAAACAUUAUAGCGAGAUCUACAUACCUUAUGUGGUUUCAUUGUUCUUGUGUAUAUACUCCUUUCCCAUUGCCAUGGCGUCCUUCAAUGAUGGAUAAUGUUCCUUGUACUGCGCUAAUAUGUCGCUGUAUUUGCUUUACAACGA